AGAGCUUUUCGGAUUCAGUUCUGGGCUGGCAGAGUGGUCUGCCCCAGAGCCUGAAUUCUCUCUGCCUCAGCUGCCCACCAACCCCCCCCCGCCCCCACGGCUGCACCACAUCAUCAAAUCAAUAGACACUCAGAAAGCGCCCGUUGUGCACCAGGAUCGUGCGGGCACCGGGACCAGUGCAGUAGAACGCAGCCAGCAAGCUCACAAACCUCACAGACCAGCGCGGCCUGGUGGUUACCAGGGCUGUGGGGGAAGGUGGGCUGCUGGGAGGGUUGCCAGCCUCUCAGAGGGGGCGGUGACGGCUGCCAUCCUGACCCUGGGAAGGCCGUGAGGACCUCAGGUACAAAGGCCCAGAGCACCUGUCCUAGCUAUAAAGCCUCCAGAGAGGAGGGGCCCCACUGCUCCCAGAGACGCCCCAAGAUGAAGACAGCCCUGCUGCUCCUCGUUGCUCUGGCAGUGGCUGCCGGGCCAGCCCGUGCUCUCCGCUGUCACGUCUGCUCCAGCUCCAGCAACUGUGAGAACGCCCAGAACUGUGCGGCCAGCGCGCGCUACUGCAGGACCAGCACCAAGAUGGAGACCCUGAUGGGGAACCUGGUGGAGAAGGCCUGCGUGGAGUCGUGCACGCCCAUGCACAGCCUGCCGGGCCAGGUGAGCAGCGGGGCGGCCACCACCCUGUGCUGUCAGGACGACUUGUGCAACUGGAGUCUGCAGAGCCGCGCGCCCGCCCGCACCCCGCUCCCCAGCACUGCCCUCGGCUUGGCGCUGGCCCUCGGCCUCCUCGCCCUCCUCGUGGCCCCCAGCCUGUGACCUCCUGCGGGCAGGGGCCCCCAUCCCUUUCCCAGGGGACUUCCAUGCGCCCGGUCCCUUCCUUUCCCUGCCCUGGGGGGACUCCGCAGCCCCUCCCACGGGCGCCGUGAGGGGGAGGUUGGGACACCCCGGGCUGAGCCUGCUUCUGAAGUUCUGGGAGCCCCCUCCCCCAAGACAGGAGGAUGUAACCUCCCUGAACAGCAGGAAGGCAGGAGGCAGGAGGCAUUCUGACCCCUUCUGAUUUGACAUUAAUUCUGUUCCGUUUCUGUUUGUUUUUCUACUUGCAUAGGAAUAAA